ACUUCCGCGUGUAACUUGAGACAAGCAGGGAAAGAAAAAAGAGGAAGGAAAAAAAAGAGAAAGGGAAAAAUAGCGCAGUUAUUCCCGCCUCUGCCUCCUCCUCUCUCUCCUCCCCGGCCAGCCAGGAGCCACGUCACCGUCACCCAACGCUGGCUUCGGGGCUCCUCAGCCUGGAGAGCUCUCCGGGAGACAAACUCCAACUUUCAGCCCAAAGCAGAGACAGGAAGGCCCUGGGCUGGGAGAGCGAGAAUCCGCCUCGGUGGAAAAGUAAACAAGGGAGACAUCCAGCCUGGCAGGGGAAAGGCAUCUGCAGCCACGGGGCAGGGGAGACUGAACUUUGUGCUACGAGAAGGAAGGGCUCCGUGCUCAGGGAAAAAGGAAAGUUGAGCCCAAGGAGACCGUUCAUUCAGCCGAGGCUCGGUGGAGAAAAACUUCCCGCCCACUCCCUCCACCCCAGAGGAGUCCCCCGGCACCAUGAACAUCUUCCGCAUCCUGGGGGAUGUCUCCCACUUGCUGGCCAUCAUUAUUCUCCUGCUGAAGAUUGUGAAGUCCAAGUCCUGUGCUGGAAUCUCUGGGAAGAGCCAGAUACUUUUUGCCCUUGUCUUCACAACCCGCUACCUGGACCUGUUCACGAAUUUCAUCUCUGUCUAUAACACUGUGAUGAAGGUCAUUUUUUUGAUUUGUGCCUACGUCACCGUGUAUAUGAUUUAUGUCAAAUUCCGGAAAACAUUUGACAGUGAGAACGACUCCUUCCGCCUCGAGUUCCUGCUGGUCCCUGUCACAGGCCUGUCAUUUCUGGAGAACCACAGCUUCACCCCCUUGGAGAUACUCUGGACCUUCUCCAUCUACCUGGAGUCCGUGGCUAUCCUUCCUCAGCUCUUCAUGAUCAGCAAGACAGGGGAAGCAGAGACCAUCACGACACACUACCUUUUCUUCCUGGGCCUCUAUCGUGCCCUCUACAUUGCCAACUGGGUCUGGCGCUACCACACAGAGAAUUUCUACGACCAGAUUGCUGUCGUCUCCGGAGUGGUACAAACCAUCUUCUACUGCGAUUUCUUCUAUCUCUACGUCACCAAAGUCUUAAAAGGAAAGAAGCUGAGUCUUCCCAUGCCUGUUUGAAGACAUUCCAUAGGCAGCGCAAGAAAUUCCAAAGACGAAGCUGUUUAAGAUCACAGCUUUCCUUCCCUGGCUUUUUGACUAACGGAUGGCUCAGCUGAAUUUCAACCCAGUGCCAGGAAGACAGGGCUUGGAAUGCUUUUCAUCCAUCAGACUCUUCCCUCCAUUUUUUUAUUUCUUCUCACUUGAAUUUGGUGCUAGUGCUGGCCAAUACUGAAGUAGUGCAAUUUCUUCUCUCCCAGCUCUUCCCAGCAUCUGCACUCAAAACACACCUCCACCCUGACCCUGAGGCAGCACAAGGGAAAAUGUCACUCCCACUAGUCCUUCAAGCAAGUGCCCAUGGUAAAGGGAACACAUAACACACUUUAUUAAAGUGUGCUAACUUAACUGACCCAUUUCACAGGUGGCCAUGUCUGACACAGCAAAUGCUACAAACUAUUACUUUAACUCUCUAUGAACUAACACCCUCUUAAAAACUAAUUCUGCCUGACCCUCUCUCUAUUCAGGCCCUGUAACAUUCAAGAAAAACACACUGCCUUUGAAUAACAGGAAUCUUCUAAUUCCACAAGUAUUCAAACAUCCUCCUCACUCACUUAUUUUCAGUUUCCUUAUGCUCUACAAACAGGGACAAUUUCAAUUACAAUUCAGACGGUUGCCAAGAAGUGUUUCCACCUCCUUCAAUUUGACUUCUAAGAACUGGGAAGAACAGGGGCAAAGACAGCUUUACAUUCCAAAAAUAAAGACAAAGUUCACAAUUUAUUGACAACAGUGUUUUUAUUUAUACCUACAAAAGAAAACAAGAUGGUAUCAAAAGGACAAUUUACAAACUAAGAAUAGUAACAUUGCUCUUAGUAUCCUGUGCCUCAACACCACAGAUCUAUGAAUCUCUCCAUUCAAGUCUUCAUUAAUACAACAGGAAUGUGUUCAGAGACCAGCAGGUGUGUGAAACAAGAUGCUGAUCCCACACAAAGCUAGUAACUCUUCCAUUGUUCAGAGAAAUCCAAACACUAAAUUGCUUCAGGAAGUGGGAGGGGAGGAGACACCCAGCUCAGAUAUCUGACACUCCCACAAACUUUUUACGGAUUGAAAACAAUGCAAACAACACUAGAAGUUAAUGCUUUAUCAACAAGGGCCCUCCAGCUGACAUGGAGCAGAGCAGAGAGCACCAGGUGGGACAGGGGCAGCACAUGCCACAGUGCCUUCAGCGGUCUGGUUGACACUCUGAACUAAAGUGAGACCUUGGACUUCAGCUGACCUCAGGGGCAACAAACCACUGCAAGACUUGGCCUUGAUGUUUACACAUGCAAAGUCACCCCCAAAACUGAAAGCUGUAAUGGACUAUAAGGCAGCUUUGGCGGUCCAGAGACCCUUUUUCAAGCCAGUCAGUGCGAUGUCCUACUCCUACACACCUCAAAUGCAUUUCUGCAUUCUACU